GACAAUUAGUAGCACUUAUGGGACCAUCUGGUUGUGGUAAAACAACUUUACUCAAUACAUUAGCUGGUCGUUCAUUAAAUGGUGUAACUGGUAAUAUUUGGCUUAAUAAUCAACGUUAUGAAAAAAGUAUGAAACGUAAUAUAGCUUAUGUAUUACAAGAAGAUAUUUUUUUUGAAAAUCUUACUGUUAAGCAACAAUUAACAUAUACAGCUUUACUUCGAUUACCAAAUAGUUUAACACGAAAAGAUAAACUUGCUCAAGUUGAACAAAUUAUCGAACAAUUACAUCUUCAAAAUUGUGCAAAUACUCCAAUUAUACUUAUAUCUGGUGGACAAAAACGACGUGUUAAUAUUGGCACAGAAUUAUUAACUAAUCCAAGUGUUAUUUUUCUUGAUGAACCAACAUCAGGUUUAGAUAGUACAUCAGCUGUUACUCUUAUACGUGUUCUUCGUGAAUUAGCAUUAAAAGGUAAAACAAUUCUGAUGUCUAUUCAUCAACCAUCAUCACCAAUUUUUCAUUCGUUUGAUCAACUUAUUUUAUUAGCUGAUGCUAAAACUAUUUUUAUGGGUAAACCAUCGAAUGCUUUAGAUUAUUUUGCAACAUUAGGUCAUCAUGCACCUUUACAAUAUAAUCCAGCUGAUUUUAUUAUGGAUCUUGUCAAUCAAGAUAAGGAAAUUCGUGAAGAACUUAAAGAAGCUUAUAUUCAAAAUAAAUCAUCGAAUAGAUUAGAAAAUCCUCAUAAAUAUUCAAGUGAAGGUCGAAAAUAUCUUAUAGAUGAACCAAAUGAAAAAGAAAUAGAUUUAAUCAAUAAACAUCAUAAGAAUUUAAUGGCAAAUAAAAAUGAAAAUAAAUGGCCAAUUGCAUGUUUUAUUACAAUUGUAUUUGGUCUUUUUUGGUUACGUAUGAAAUAUCAUGAGAAUACAAUACAAGAUCGAUCAUCAUUUAUAUUUUUUGUAUUGAUAUUUUGGCCUUUAAGUAUAUGUUUUGGAGGUGUAGUAUCAUUUUCUAUUGAAACUUCUGUGAUUGAUAAAGAACGAGCAAGUGGAUCAUUUCGUUUAUCAGCUUAUUUUUUUGCUAAAUGUCUAUCAGAAAGUCCAAUUAAACUUGUUUUACCGGCAAUAUCUUUUAUUAUUAUGUAUUGGAUGGCAAAUAUCAAUUCAGAUUUUGCUAAUUUUCUUGGUAUUCUUAGUUUUCUUUCAAUGUCAGUUCUUGUUGCUGAAUCAAUUGGCCUUUUCUUUGGUGCUCUACUUCAAGAUGUAGGAAGAGCUAUGGUAGCAUGUAAUGUAUAUUUAUUCGGAUGUUUAUUAGCCGUUGGAUAUUUUUCUCAUAGUACACCAUAUUGGCUCAUAGUUUGGGUGAAAUGGAUAUCAUACAAUACAUAUGCAUAUAAUGGAUGUAUGCAAUUACAAUUUAUGGGUGAACGAACAUAUCAAUGUACAGAUGGCGCAUACAUUGAUACGUGUAAAAAUAAUCCAAAUGGAACAUUUAUUAGUAAUGAGGCUAUAAAAUAUUUCAAUCUUAAUCUUAAUGUUGGUCUUAAUUUUCUUGUACUUUUUGGUAUGCUUAUAUUUUAUCGCACUACAGCAUACAUUGCAUUACGAUUUUCUAAUAUCCGUCGAGGUCGUACUUAG